AUGUCGUCCAAGUCUACUAUCUCAUCUAAUACCAUUCAUGGUCUCUGGCGUGUGCGCGACAAAUACUUCGUUUCCUUCAAUUGCAACGUCGUCCCAUUCCAUAACUUCCCCAAUCUAGGCGAAACCAGCAAUGACCGCGGGGUAACUAGCUGGCUCAAGGGCACCGAGUUAUACAGCAUCAUGUACCCAACCAAGCUUGACGGCGAAGGUUGGGCCGGCCUGGAAAUCUACACUGAACUGACUGAUGUUCGGGACUACCCAGUCGAAUACGAAAAUCACGAUCAGUGCCGUAUAGCGUUCUGGAAGACGUUGGAGGACCACGAGCUAUUUUUGAAGGACAUGCAGAACACCCUCCGCGGAUAUCUGCACAGUCUACCGCAAGCAUCGCUCGACCCCGUACUCUUGCAGUACAUCGACUGUCGACCUCAGAUUCCUUCGGAGGUAUCCACUUCAUCCACGUCUUCAUACCGUGUGCUCUCGUGCUGCAAGAGCGACGCUGUCGGGCUCUGGAGCCUCGUCCGUACCGCCUUCCAUGAACAGUUAACGAUGACGGCCUUCCUGUACUACCUCGCAAGGAAGUUUAGCGAGUACGACUACAAGCGCGACACCGGAUUGCGGGAACUCCGGGUCACGACGUUGCUUCGUCAUGCGCUCAGCGACUCGCGUUUGCAAUCCAGGUAUAACGAGUUUCUCAUGUCCCUCCAUGCGUCUUGGGUCUUCAAAUUCAAUACGAUACCGCGGGCAGGCAUACUGGUCAAUCUUUAUGAACUAUCUAGCUUCCAUUUCAAAUGGCUCAUCUCACUCAUCGGCACCCAUCACAACAAAUUCUUUCCUCUUUGGAUCUAUUGUGGCAAAUAUCACGAAUACUUGGGUCAUCUCGAAUGGUUCCCCGCAACCCACCAAAUACCGUCGGACAUGGUUCCGCAGGCCAUCGUGGCCAAGGCGCGCUCUGACGUCUCGCGCAAGUCUUGGGGUCCUUCAUCUGGCUGUUGGUUGAGCAAACCAUCCAGCGCUGGGGCGGGCCCAUCAAAUGGCGCUCGGGCAGGCCCAUCAUCCCGCGCUCGGGCAGGCCCAUCGUCUAGUGCUCCGGCGGACCCAUCGUCCGGCGGCCUAUCGUCCGGCGGUUGGUCGGACGGCGGUUGGGCAAACGGCGGUCGGACGGACGGCAGUCGAGCGGACGGCGGUCGGGCGAACGCAACAUCCGAUGGUUGGGUAGCAUCCGGUUGGCCGGACGCAUCAUCCUUGUGGGGAGCAUCUGAGGGGGGAGCGUCUGAGGGGAGGGAGGCUGAGGUUAUCGACUGGGUUAAGGUGGUAGCUCAACUGCCUCCUUCCAAGACGACAUCGCGUCCAAAGCAUAACACUCAAGGGCAGAAGGACAAUCGCAGACGCCAGCAAGGAAUCCCGACUUCGUACCAGCGCCGGGCUGCCGGACUGUCCGCGGCUGAGAAAAGACGUGAGGAACGCGCCGAAGGUAUUCGCGCGCUCAUCCCUGCCUUGACCUUAGAUGAAGUGCAGAAUCUCACUAAGCAAGUCGUAGAGGAAGGCGGCCAAACUUACCACCCUCGUGGCGAGUUCCCAAUUCCCCAGAUUCGUGCGCAUCACCCCGACGAGUCGUUCUAUGCGUUCAUGCGCCGACGUCACCGGUAUCGUCAGCUCUUCCUCGUCAAAUACUCAAACGAUCAAAUUGUGGGCCUCAUAUACGACCGGGAGCAGAAGGCUUCAAACGGGGUACUCGGACCUCAUACUCGUGUUUUCUACUGGAAAGCAGAUAAUCUAGGGCGACGGCUUCAACGGAUUCAAGUGUCGAAGGCAGAACGUGCCGCCACCCUUUACGAACUGCAUCCCAAUGCGCGGUUAUACGACGGGGUGUAUGAUGAAUGGGACGUUGCCCCGUGGUUACACCCACGCCCUCCGUCGCCGCCCUAUCGGCCUGAGGAAGACACCGACACGGCUGAGGAGGAUGUGGACGAGUACUACUUCAACCAGACGGUAGAGGGGAGGCCGGGUUAUAUUGCCUCGGACUUCGUCGAUCCCCCAGCAGGGAUUCCUCCCCCAGAAGCAUUACCUGUCCCGCAACAUGAUCACCUGGAGGCUACACCUUCGGACGAAUCCUUCCCUCCGUCGCAAGUUGACCAGCCUGGCUAUGGCCGACCGCAUUGUCUCCCCGUUAUGGACACUACCGAGGAUCCGGCCGUACUCCCGGUUUAUCGUCCGGCUCCGUCGUACGCUGCCACUCCUGUACAGGAGCAUAUUGAGGACGACACUGUUGAUCGUGAUCUCGAGUGGGAAGAUUCCCUGUCCCUUCCACCAGCACAUCCUGUUGCUCAGGGCAGCAACCCCAACAAGUUCGGUGAUGACCGAGUCAGUAACGCCAACAACCUUGGUGAUGACCGAGUCAGUGACACCCAGACCCGCCACAAUCGACUCGGUGAUGACCGAGACGGCGAUCCUCCAUCAUCGGAACAAUCGUCAUUACCUCAGGCCUCUACGUCAUCUCAUACUCAAGUUCUGGGCGAGGCCACGGUCACGGAGGACCACACAGUAAGCAUCGCUGACCCCAAGAUCGAGGGCAAGGGCAAGGCGAGAGCCGCGGACGACAUCAACGAGAAUUAUAUUGAAGAUGAUGAAAUGUGCGCUGACGAGGAGACCACGCUUCGCCUUACAUCUGGGAGGGACUCGACUUCGGAUACUGGAGCCAGCGGGCAGAAAGCUGGUUCAAGCAGUGUCGAGACGCAUACCUAA